AUGAGCCCGAUCCCAGCCAAUGACCACUCGAACAAAUCCAAGCGCUUUCAUGUCCACAUCACGGGCUUCGGAGUGAGUCCAUCCACCCCGCCUCGAGAGGAUCCCACUCGACUGCCCCACCCUAAGUCAUCUCAUCGCGCUGACAUCCCGGAGCCAUCGUGCGCAGCCGUUCGGAGAUCACACGAUCAAUCCUUCGUGGCAAGCGGUGAAGCAACUGCACCAGACCACACUCGAAUCACGCCCUGCACCCCUCGCUGCAUCCUCCUCGCGGAGCAAGUCCUCGAUCACCGCCAUUUCCCCACCCUCGUCGAACGGAUCAUCGUCGACCCGACCCAUCCACUUCAGCUCGACCCUCAUCCCCGUCACCUACGCCUCCUCCCUUUCUAUCGUUCCCGCACUGCACACCACCUCCACGGACCCCAAGCCUGAUCUCAUCAUCCACGUCGGUGUCGGCGCCCCUUAUUCCCUGACCCUCGAAGCUCUCGCGCGCAAAUUCAGCUAUGACAAACCCGAUGUCGACCAAACCUAUGCGCCGUUGGACCACGAGACAGGUCAUCGAGGGUUUACCGGGUUGGGCGAGGUCUCUGAUCGGUCGGACGAGGUAUUGCAUUCGAGGAUCGAUAUGGACAAGGUUUUACGAGCCAGUCGAGGUGAAGGGGGUGGGGUCGAGUUUUUGAGGAUCAGCAAGGAUGCCGGUAAGUCUCUCUGGCUGUUAACGAGUGGAAUACUUCUCAUUGACGUGUUAUUCCUCAGGCCUCUUCCUAUGCGAAUUCACUUUUUACGCCUCAAUGGCCUGGGCCAAAUUCCUGGCGACAACACAUUACAACGACGCCGAGACCGCUCGGCGCGAUGUCGACGGGAUCGGUUCCAACGAAAAGCGCCAAGAAACACCCGUACAAUUCAUACAUGUACCACCGUGGGUACUUGCCCGAAUUCCAGGACGGUGCACGUCGCGGGAAGCUGACUGGGCUCCCUGCAUGUCUUCCACAGCGUUGGAUUGCCUUAUUCCCUUCCCGAAUUGACGCAAGCUUUGCGGAUCAUCAUUUGGGCCAUCGUCAACGAGGGAGGAUUAUAG